AUGUUGUAUUGUGGCAAAAUUAAUCGGACAAAUCUUCAGAUUGAUUAUUUACAAAAAAUUUAUUUUGAAAAAAGUUGGGCUUGGUGGCUAAAUCAUAUGGGCACAUUUGUUGUAUUUAUAAUUGGUUUUUUUGGAAAUAUGUUGUGUCUUAUAUUUUUAUGUCGCCGACCUUUCAUACGAAAUUCUUAUACACAAUAUUUAAUUGCAUUAGCUAUUGUAGAUACGGGAGCAAUUUUUUUUGAAACAAUUACUGCACUUGAUGAUUUAUAUCAAUAUCAAAGCAAAGAUAGAAGAGCUUUAAUUCAACAUACUAUCGUUUCAUGUAAAUUAUUUUAUUAUAUAAGAUUUAUAUUUUAUUCUAUGAGUUCUUGGAUUGUUGUUGCCUUAGCUGUUGAACGAUUAGUAGCCGUUAAAUAUCCAUUAUGGUCAAAACAUAUAUGUAGCGUUACAAAUGCACGUCGAAUUAUAUUGAUCAUGUUCUUAUUUACAAUGGCUAUACAAUCGUAUCAUCUUGUUAUUAAAGGUCUUGAUUGUUCAUCAUCAUCAAAAAUAACAACAAAACUAAAUUGUCGAUGUAAAACUUUACUUGGUUACGCAACAAUAGAUAUUAUUUUUACAAUCUAUAUUUGGCGACUUGUUUUAAUGACUUUAUUACCAUUAAUUAUUAUUAUAACUGUUAAUAUACUUAUUAUGAGUAAAUUAUUUAAUAAAAAUUGUUUAAUUGACCAUACAAAUCGAGUGAAUAAUGCACGCCGAAAAGUAGUUUUACGUUAUAAAGUAUCUCGUAUGUUAGUAAUUGUUUCGACAAUUUAUCUUCUUUUUCAUUUACCUGGUUCAACUUUAGAAGUUGUUAAAUUUCUUCUUGUACAUGCCUUUCGUUUAUGUGAUCUUAAAUGGCAAUAUUAUAUAUAUAUUGCACAAGAUAUAUUUGAUUUAUUAACAAAUUUUAAUUAUGGAAUUAAUUUUUAUUUAUAUAUAAUCAGUAGUAAACAUGUAAGAUGUGCAUUAAUACAUAAAAAUUCAAUAUUUCGUGUAUCAACAACUCGAAGUAAAGAAAAUUGGCGAAAAUCAAAAACGUUUCUAUCAUCAUAUAUUUAUUCGUCAAGAAAACCUCACGAACGUGAUAUUAAUGCAAGUUUAGCUGGAUGUGAAACUGUAACAUCUGUAUAA